GACCGGAACCGGCGCCGAGCACCCGAGGUCGGAAUCGUAGCUGCACUGCCACGACCUCGAGCGCCCCCGAGGUAGUCUGCGGCCCGCCCGAGGUCUCCUGCCCCUUUUGGCCCUGGCAGCUGCUCAGCUCCUUCCCACCACCGAAACACUUCAAUCUUCGACUUCUUCCGGGACCAGUCUGGGUUCAGGGCGCCCCAGGCUGCUAAGUUUUGCUUACACCGGCACCUACUAAUUGCUUGGCUGUGCAACUAAGUUCCUUACACUCACAAUCCCAUUUAACUGGCCUCUAACACGCACCGUGCGAAUAGGUGUCACUAUGAACCCAUUUUACAGAUGAGGAAACCAUCUGAGAGAGGCCCCGAAGACCCCACCAGUCACACAGUGAGAAGCAGCAGAAUUUGGAACCACACCCAGAUUUCUACGAAGUUUUUUCCUGUUAAUUGGGAGAAGAUCCUGUGGCUGAAUGGCAUCUGUAGAUGACUUGCAGUUUGAAGUUUCAGAAUUUGCUGAGCCCACUGCUUCUCUGGUGGCAAACCCAGAUGAUACCACAAUAAACAUUGAUGAUCCUGGUGACACGCUCAAACAUCAACCUGGUCUUGCCAGGGGCCCCGGGAGAGAAGACGACGAGGAGUUACUGGGAAAUGAAGACUCUGACAAAACCGAGUUGCUGGCGGGGCAGAAGAAAAGCUCCCCAUUCUGGACAUUUGAAUUCUACCAGACAUUCUUUGAUGUAGACACGUACCAGGUCUUUGACAGAAUAAAAGGGUCUCUUUUGCCGAUGCCAGGAAAGAAUUUUGUGAGGAUAUACAUCCGCAGCAAUCCAGACCUCUAUGGCCCCUUUUGGAUCUGUGCCACCUUGGUCUUUGCCAUAGCGAUCAGUGGGAAUCUUUCCAAUUUCUUGAUCCACAUGGGAGAGAAGACAUACCAUUACGUGCCUGAAUUCCGAAAAGUGUCAAUAGCAGCCACAGUCAUCUAUGCCUAUGCCUGGCUGGUCCCUCUGGCUCUCUGGAGCUUCCUUGUGUGGAGAAACAGCAAGGUGAUGAACAUUGUGUCCUACUCACUUCUGGAGAUCGUGUGUGUCUACGGGUACUCUCUCUUCAUCUACAUCCCCACGGCGAUUCUGUGGAUCAUCCCCCAGAAAAUUCUGCGUUGGAUUCUUCUCACAAUUGCCCUGAGCGUCUCCGGCUCUGCGUUGGUGAUGACAUUCUGGCCCGCUGUCCGUGAGGAUAACCGGCGCAUCGCGCUGGCCACGAUGUUGGUGAUUGUGCUGCUUCACCUGCUGCUCUCUGUGGGCUGCCUGGCAUACUUUUUUGAUGCACCAGAGAUGGACCACCUCCCACCAACUGUCGCCGCUCCGAACCAGACCGUGGUAACUGCCAAGUCCAGCUGAAGAGGAGAAUGGAGGCUGUGCCCCAUCUACUGGUCUUGCCUAGUACCCGGUUGUGGAGUUGGUUCUUUUGGACCUGACAUCUGGUACAGGCAAGCAGGAAGACCAGGGUCAUCUGGAAAGACCAAAGACCAAAGACACUCCCCACCAUUGAUUGAGGCACACUGAGCCCAGAAACCUGGUUGGCUAGUGGCAAUUAAAUGAUGUCCAGUG